CUAGCAUCGAAAAAGUGAAAAAGAACAACAACGUUCAAAAGUAUCAACAGCAUUGCGUAUUUGAAUCAUUGGUUUUGAUACUGUCCAAGUCAAGUGAUGAAGUUAGAUGAGCUCAACUUAGAUUGCAUCGAAUUGGUUCUCGAGCAUUUAGACCUGAUUGAUCUACUGAAUGCGGGUGAUUCAACUAAACGACUGAACAAAGCUGCGGAGCUCGUUUAUGCUCAUAAAUAUGGGAAUAAAGUCGUGCAGUUCAGAAGUAUACGAAUUUCUCCAAUUCGAUUAUUCAAAACCGAAGGUGCAUCAAUGGUUGUUAUAGAAGAUUUGAAAACUGCUCUUCAGCUGUUGCGCUGUGUUGGACGCAUGAUUUCGAAAUUACACAUAAAUUUUUCCGUCUUCCGAAUUAUAGAAGAAGACAUUGAGGAAAAAUUGCAAAGGGACCGGAGGCUAUUCAAAUAUAUCAACAAUUAUUGUGCCGAAUUCAUGAAGGAUUUUUUUAUAUAUUCACCAGCUCCUGUAGUUGCAUCAUAUCGAGCUGAUUUUUUGACGUAUUUUGAAAAGCCUUUCAUAAACGUUGAGAUGUUUGGCCACUUGAACUAUCAUUUCACUGAGAAAAGUUGUCUGAUUAAAAGAUUUCCAAAGUUGAAGGAAUUAGGAUGUGGUCACACCAGAAAUGUAUCGUUUUAUAACAUCAACAAAAUCCAUUUUCCGCAUUUGGAACAUUUGCAGAUUUGGGAAUUUAGUCACAUCGAAGUAUCGCUCCAAAAUGAUAUGGUGCUCCCUAUUUUGCAGCUGAAUCCACAAUUAAGAGAGCUUACACUGAAGUCGUUUUUCUUAAAUUCCAGUAAUUUGAAUAUAAAUUUGAUUCGGGAUGCAGUUGAAAGUUUGCAAAAUAUUGAAACUCUUUUUCUUGAUAUAAAGCCAAUCACAUCUAUCAAAGAGAGCGACAAUAUUAUACAUAUGAAACGCGUAAAAUCGUUUAAAAUUCAUUUUGAUAAAUUGGAGGAGUUGCCAGAAUGUUUCCUACCUUUUACAUUUGAACAGCUCGAGAAAUUAACCAUUCACUUUCCAAAAGCAGAUUUUCAUAGUUCCUUCAAUGAAGAGUUCUUCAAUUUCAUUGACAAACAUUCAAAAAUAAAACAUCUAACGAUUGGUAACAUUGAUACCUCAGGGGAUGUGGAUUGGUUGGAAUUGGCUAAAUCUUUGCCAUUAUUAGUUGAGAUUUCAUUAGGCUGCUGCUUAUUUUCAACUGACGAAGCUAUCAAUCUCAUAUCUAAAUUUCGAAUGUUGAAUCAAUUGCGAUUUAAACUAAGUGAUAAUUACAACAGUUUUCGCGAACGAUUGGGCUACACAUGGGAAGGAAUAUAUAAAGUGGACGACAAAACUGUUGAAUUGAAACGCAGAAUUUGAUGUAAAAUGAUUAAAGAAAUUUUUGGCUUGAAUAUAAUAGAAAAAGUCAAUUGGUUUGAAAUAAAAAAUGAAUCUUUGUUUUUAUACUUAUGAUAUUUUGAAUUUUGAACAAAAUGCAACUCACUAACGUACAAUUUGCUAUCGAUAAUUAUAAUUUGUAUUAUUCUUCUUUUUAUUUUAAUAAAAAUUAUUACAACCAAAUCGCAUAACUAAUCUCAUUUACGGAAUUUGAAUUGAACGUCUUGAACGUGUCGGAGUGUUUGU